GAGACCUGUGCCGCAGUUUAGUGAAACAAAAAUAUAUGACUACAGCGCAUAACUUUUAUCGUCACAGAAAACAAAGGUUAUCACGUCAUAGUCAGUUGUAAUACAUAAAUCUGUCGAUAGGUGUCUCUGUGUACCAACCUUCAUAGUGCGGUGAAAAUAAUGGCGAAAAUAUAAGAUUUACUCCAUAUCUCAAGUGUACUAAGUUUCACAGUAAGCAGAAAUAUUAAAAAAUACACAGGUACAUCUCUUUAUUCACAGUUAGUGGUAUUGAGUUGUAAGGUAUGAAGACCUGCAAUAAACCGGUCCAUUGGUUCACCGUGUGGAUGAGUCGAGGGACAAAAACAAGUGAGCGCGCACGUCCUGGUUUGUUGUGUGACAUCUGAACGCACCAAUCGCCUGCGAGGAGAGGACUGGUCCACUUCACCACACUGGAGGAGCUCGGCGGACACGGGCGGCCGCCGAUUCAGUAGCAGCCAGUCAUUCAGCCAGUCUGGCAACCCGUCAUCGCCACCGUUAGCCGCAGCAGCCACCGAGCGAGGACUCGAUCUCGUCGUCAACGUCCAUCGGAACCCUGGUGUGUGCCUGUCGGUUGGCGUGGAGAGAUGGCCGGUAUCCUGGCGUGGUUCUGGAACGAGCGCUUCUGGCUCCCGCACAACGUAACGUGGGCUGACUUGAAGAACACGGACGAGGCGACGUUCCCGCAAGCCGAGGACCUCUAUCUGGCGUGCCCUUUGGCCUUCUGCAUCUUCAUGGUGCGGUUGCUCUUCGAAAGGUUCUUUGCAAAGCCUUGUGCUGUGGGCCUGAAGAUACAAGCCAACGGGCCACAGAAAGCCCAACCCAAUGCUAUCUUGGAGAAGGUUUUCACCGCCAUUACCAAGCACCCAGAUGAAAAGAGGCUGGAAGGAUUGUCCAAGCAGCUGGACUGGGAUGUCCGAACCAUCCAGCGCUGGUUCCGACAAAGACGAAAUCAAGAGAAACCCAGCACCCUCACCCGGUUCUGCGAAAGCAUGUGGAGAUUUACAUUUUAUCUCUACAUUUUCACCUAUGGAGUGCGUUUCCUUAAAAAGACGCCUUGGCUGAGGAACACUAAAGAAUGUUGGUACAACUACCCUUACCAGGCACUGACUGUGGACAUCCAUUAUUAUUAUAUACUGGAGCUGUCUUUCUACUUGUCCUUGCUCUUUUCCCAAUUCACUGACAUCAAGAGGAAGGAUUUCCUGAUUAUGUUCCUUCACCACGUCGCAACCAUCUCCCUCAUCACCUUCUCCUACGUGAACAACAUGGCGAGAGUUGGAACUCUGGUUAUGUGCCUCCAUGAUGCGGCUGAUGUCCUGAUAGAGGCCGCCAAGAUGGCUAAUUAUGCCAAAUGUCAGAUAUUGUGCAACCUCCUGUUUGCCAUGUUUGCAAUCCUCUUCAUAAGUUCCAGGCUGGCAGUUUACCCAGUGUGGAUUUUAAACACCACCCUUUUUGAGAGUUGGGACAUUGUUGGCCCCUUCCCAUCCUGGUGGAUCUUCAACCUACUUCUAAUCUUGCUGCAGCUGCUUCACUCCUACUGGUCCUACCUCAUAGUGAAGACGGCAUACCAGGCCAUCUCCAAAGGAAAGGUGGGAAAAUGGAAUCCUUUACAUGUGUCAAAGGACGACUGCAGCGACAUUGAGUCCAGCUCUGACGAGGAUGACAGCCCUCCGGCCAAACAGAAACACCACAACAGCACCACCAACGGGACCAACAAACCUCACGGGACCAACGGCUACCUGUCAGCAGGCUCCUAUCCUGAUGAACACUGACUUAGUCGUCACAGCACCGGAGCUACACACCAUCCAUCCUUGUGUGUGAGUGUGGAGACAACAGUAACAUCACUGAUCAAAUUCUGUACAUUUUGUUUUCAGUUGGAAUUCCUUUUGGUCUCCUCAUCUGCAUAUUUGCAUUUGCAUUCCAAAAUAAUCCACCCCAUAUGUUUUAUCGGAUUUUACCGCUGUAAGCAUGCUAUGUCGAUACGCAGUCGUCUGGCAUACUGGGGGUGUGCUUGUCCUAUGUUUGUGUAUUUUUAUGUUAUUUAUUUUUUUCUUCACGUUAACUUUCAAUGCUACACCCCCAAAGAGUUGCCAAAAUGAUGAACGGUGGGCUGAUAUAUGUGGAAUUUGAACAACUUUUUUUGUUUGUUUGUUUGUUUUGUUGGGUGGGGCAGGGGGGACAAACAUUGUCCACUUCAGCUGUAUAUGAGAUGUUAACAACAGUAUUAUGUGUGUCCAUGAGAUAUGACUAGAUGCUGUAUUCCCUGUUGAAGCAUUUUGUUAAGUCGUGUGGCGCAUUUUUGCUCAUGAGCCUAAUAAAAGGCAAUCAUGAGUUGUUUGAAUUGUUCAAUAAAUGAUCAUGAUAUGAAAUAUCAUUGAAAACAUUUGUGGGUGGAUUUUAAUGGGGAAAAAAUCUGCAACAAAAUGCCACAAUCCAAAGAAAUUGACAUAUCAGUCUGGAAAGGAUUAUGAACCCACUUCAAAAGCUUUUGGAUUCCAGCUAAGCCUUAUCCUCAAAUGGAGAAAACGUGGAAAAAUUAGGAACUCCUGGGAAGCCAGGAAUAGCCAGCCCAUAAAAAUUACACCAAGACCACAGUGACAAGUCAUCCAGAAGAAACAAACGAACCCCAGACAACAUCUAAAGAAUUGCAGGCCUCAAAUAAAGAUUCAU